AUGGAGCACCCGUCGAGCGCGAAUUGGAAGGCUCACAAGAAGGCCGACAACCUUUUCAAGCCUUACGAUGUCCUCGAUGACACCGCAAAGGCUGGUGUGAUCGGUGCUCUCAGUGGUCUCUUCCUCUCCUCCGUCAAGAAUGCCAUGGCCAAGAACAAUGUCGGCAUCUUGAGCGUCUUCACCCGAGGUGCUCAUAUUAUCGGUAUUGGAGCCGCCGCUCCCGCCGCAUAUGUCUUCGUCUCACGAAGCUCAAUGAACCUCCGCGAAAAGGACGACGCCUUCUCUGCUGCUCUCGGUGGCUUUGCCCUAGGUUCAGUUCUCGGCCUUCCCACGAGACGAAUGCCCGUUGUUAUGGGACUAGGUGGUGGUCUCGCAAUCUUCCAGGGUAUGUUCCACUACCUCGGCGGCCGAUACGAUAGCUUCAAGAGAGAGGACGACGAAUUCGAGCGCAAGGAGAUCAUCCGACGAAGCACCCGACUACCAAUUGAGCAGACUAUUUCAGAGAUUGGCGAGGGCCGAGGUAUCCGACCUCCUGGAUAUGAGGAGCGAAGGGUGGAGCGACUUAGUGAGAAGUACGGUGUUGAGAUUAACCCCAUUAGGGCGACUGUCGAGGGUAGCCAAUAA